AUGGCUGCCGCCUUGGAGGAGCGCUGCUCCCGGGAGGUUAUUUGCCGGGACGAGGCUAUUGGUGCUCUGAAGAAGGAGAACGAGACCUUGGAGGUUGAGAAGGCUCGCCUGACGGAGGAGGUUAAGGAGUUUUCUUCCGUCAGGCGGGAAAUUGAGUCCCUGAGAAAGGAAAGGGAUGACUACAAAACUGGGUCGGAGGCCUUGAAGAAGGAUAAAGAAGAUGCCGAAGCUUCGGCGGCUGUCCUCCGCACGAGUGUCACUGAGGCGGGGAGAGUUAGGGACUUGGCCCUGCAGCGAGCCGAGAAGGCGGAGGACAUUGCUGAACGCCUUCGCAAAGAGCUUGACGCUGAGCGGACGUCUGCGGCUGAGCUGCAGACUCGCAUACAGAAGGCGGAAGCGGAGGCUGCAGCUAUUGUUGGGCUCUAUGCCGACUCGCUGGCGAAGUUUGGGGGUAGCACCUCUGCUCCUCCGUCCGGCGGCGACGUUGGGGCUGCCCUCGCAUGGCUGAAGUCUCAUAUCCGCAUGCUCCCUGACUUUGUCGGGGGUGCUGUUGAUUUUGGGGCUUUGGCCGCGGUUAGCUCCUUUGCUAAGCUGCUGCGCCGCGGAGGUUGCUCCCACGCGGAGGAUGUUGCCAAGGAGGAGUUCGCGUCGGCGAAGGAUGUUGGCGAGGGCACCUCGAGCCUGCGCAAGUCUGUCCGGAACUUCAUUAGUUCGUUCUGGAUUAGGUUUGGGCGGGCUGAGGCGAAGAAGAUGGCGGAGGCUCGUCGCGCUGAGGAGAUUGCGAAGAAGAAGGCUAAGGUUGACAAGGCCGGUCCUUCGCGUCCACCAAGCGAGGCGCAUCCUCCGACCCAGGCUGAAGCGGAGGCUCGUGAUGCUGGUGCCAAAGCUCCGGAGGGAUAUGCUGCCAAGGUUCCAGAGCUGCCCGAGACUUCUGCUCCUCCUCCGCCUCAGCCGCCAUAUCCUAUCCUUCGCAUCUUUGGUGAGAAGGAUAGGGUACGCUGGGUGUCGGAGGUUUCCGAGGAUUUGGCUGAGCCUUUUCUCCAUGGUUAUCCGGAGGUUGUGAGGUCUGGUCCAGAGGAUGUUCUUCCUUCGAACUUUGUCGAAGGAAGCUACGUUACCCCUGUGACGUUCAAGCGUGGAGAUCUGGACUGGAGCACCGGCGGAGAUCUGCGGGCGAAGAAGGGGGGAACCUUCGAGCUUUCCUAUGGCGAAGGAUGUUCGGGAGAUGCGGCGGAGGAGAUAAACCUCCGGCGCAUCUGA